AUGAUAGACCAAUGCUACUACAUAGCCGACGCCUUAGCCACGGUUCAUGGCUAUGAUUCUUGUGAAGGGGGGUACUCUUCCGAGGCCCAGCUUCAUCUCGACAUCAAGCCGGAGAACGUUGUCUGCUUCCAAAAGUCCCACGACGGCAAAGUCUCAUACGACUUGAAGCUAACGGACUUUGGUCUCUCUAAAUCUUUCAAUCGGAGUUCUCCGUCACGUCCGAGACAGAAGGUGGAGACAAAGACGUAUCGGCCGCCCGAGCGAGACACGGAUCUUAGGAAGUCUGUGGUGGAUGAACCUUUCGACAUAUGGUGUUUGGGAUGCCUGUUUCUCGACUUUAUCACCUGGGCCAUCGAGGGGUGGGGCGCAGUUGAGAGCUUCCGCGAAAGCCGCCUUUUAGAGACCGAUGAGGACGACGUCGACCCAGAAUUUCCCCCGGUACUGGAAGAUACUUUCUUCAAAAAGAGGGUGCAACAAGGGACAUGGUGGUGGCCACGAAGAAUUUCUCGGACCAUUGUUGCAGAUCUGAAGCCCUCAGUAGUUUCGCAAUUCCAGUAUCUCCGCGACCAUGCACGAUGCACCGAGGAAUUGAGGAGAUUCCUCAGUCUCGUCCAGUCCAGAAUGCUGCUCGUUGACGGCAGUACACGAGCAGCGUCGAAUGAGGUUCGAGAUGUCCUGCAGGUGUGGAAGCAGAGCUUCAUAGAGCAAAGAGCCGAGGCACAAAACCUCAAUCCGACUAGUCAGCGGUUGCAUGGGCAAACGAAUUCAGGCCUUUGCUAG